CCUGGGAUGAUGGCUCCAGUCCUGAUUCUCCUGACCUUUCUUCUGCUGCUUGGAGCUGCUGCAGAGGAGAUCAUCGGGGGCCAUGAGGUCAAGCUCCACUCCCGCCCCUACAUGGCAUUUAUUGAAUAUGUGAAUGAUAAGGGCAAAAAUUAUAACUGCGGAGGCUUCCUGGUAAAAGACAACUUCGUGCUGACAGCUGCUCACUGCAUGGGAAGCUCAAUGAGAGUCACUCUAGGAGCCCACAACAUCAGCUUCCAGGAGGAGACCCAGCAGACCAUCCCUGUGGCUAAAGCCUUCCCACACCCAGACUACAAUUUUAAGGAUGACUCCAGUGACAUCAUGCUCUUAAAGCUGGAGAGGAGGGCAAAGAGGACUAAUGCUGUGAGGCCCCUCAGGCUGCCCAGGAGUAAUGCCCAUGUGAAGCCAGGGGACGUGUGCUAUGUGGCUGGUUGGGGAAUGGUGGAUCCAAAUGGUAAACUCCUAGAUACUUUGCAAGCGGUAGAGCUUACAGUCCAGAAGGAUGAGGAGUGUGAGUCCCGCUUUCCACAUCGUUACAACAAAGCUACUGCGAUCUGUGUGGGGGACCCAAAGAUCAACCGACCUUCUGCCUACGGGGAUUCUGGAGGGCAUAUCGUUUGUAAAAACAGAGCUGUAGGCAUUGUGUCCUUGGUCGAUAAAAAUGGUUCAGCACCAGGAACCUAUACCAGAGUGUCAAGUUUCCUAUCCUGGAUACAGAAAAUGAUAAAACAUAGCUAA